CUCAAGAGAUUCGUUGUUCGAGAGCUCACAUUUUCAGUUUUCUCCUCGCCAAAAUCAGGUUCCGUUCCCGUUCUGUGUCCCUGCAUGUGAAAAGGUAAAAAGUUUCGCAUGGAUUGAUUGACAGUGCAAGUACUGUAUCGCAGUGUCAAUCAAUCUUACGCCAAGCUAGCUGUAGUCAAAAGACAGGGACCAUGAGAGUCUCCGGCAAAGCGCAAGGGACUGUGAGCAGUCUGUCGUUUGGCUCUGUCACUUCAGACCUCGAGAGUGGUGAAGAAGAUACUGGCAAUGCAUCGGGGGCGCUGCCGAAUCAUGAAGGUGGCUCAGUCUAUGUAGUUCGUGGGUCUGUCAAGGGAGAUCCAAAUGAUGCUGACCCAUCAGACCAAGAUAGCAGUCUGAGAUACCUUCCCUUAGGAAUGAUUCUGGAAGAUGACGAUGCCAUGGACACGGCACAGUGUCUUCCACCCCAUGAUGACGAUGAUGAACCCACGAACAAUAACAACAGCAACAAUACAAAAAGCAAAAGCAAGAACAGCAAUAAUAACAACAGCAACAACAAACGUAAGGAAGAUGGGAAAAACAAGGCCAAUAAAAAGCUAUCCAAAAGGCCGUAUAAACGAGAUGCCAUCAACAAGGCAAUGGCCUCGGCCAUGAAGAAGGGUGUGGAUAGACGAGAUGUUAUCCUGUCGAGUCUAAAGCUAAUGGGAAUCACUGCAUUCAUUAUUGACUCGCAGCACGCAGCAACAACAUCAGAAGUCAUGGAACAUGUCAAGAGGGUAAUCACGUUUGUUGGAAAAGAAAACCGGACUUUUGCGCCGUCACCCUUUCAACGCUGUCUUCUCUAUCAAGACAGGGACAGGCUGCUGUAUAACCUUACUCUACCCAAGUACUCUGCUGGACUCGCUGGGAAAUGGCAAGAAUACGUCGACAGUUUCUCCGCAUUUCAGGCUACAUUGGCAGUAGCCGUGCUGAUGCGAUCGCUGCCGUGUUCACAAGAAGGGGAAAUGGACGGUCAACUGAAACCCGCCUAUCUGGCACUACUGGUUGCGACAGUACUUGUCGAAGAAGUGAGCCUGUCUUGGGCAAACGUCGUAAUGAUGGUGCAAGCUUGUCCUUCCAUUUCAGCUUAUUCUGUCACCAAAGAAUCUGGUUCUGACUGGAUGCGGAAACUGAUACUCUUCUUACUGGCUGUCGGAGGUGCUGCCACAGGGAAGACUCAGGUCUUCUUCGUCAUGACUGGAAUACUCUUGACUUGUGCCGUGCUGCUGGCAAACCUGGGAGCCCGGGCUUGGUACUUUUUCCAGUGGCAACCACUGAAUUACAAUGGGCCUCUGUCGACUGUCUUUGCAUACGUCACUGCAAUAGUGGUGGGCUUUGCAGUUCCUUUUCUGGGGCACAGGACAGCAUGUGCAGGCGGGAAACCAGCAAUCGAGUCUGUGAUAAGAUUGGCAGUACUAUUGUCCUUUGGCUUCAUCAUUUCCGAUUUUGAAUCAGUCAAGCAAUUCUUGAUUGUUGGGAAAGAGGCUUGCGACCAAACUGCUAUCAAUACGGUUGUCGGUAUCUGGUUUUCCGUUUCCUUGGUGGUCUCAGUGUACAUUUCAUCUGAAGUUACCCCGAUUCGAGAUUAUCCAGAUGAAGAGCCUCUCUUGGAGGAAAACCACGAGUCUCCAGUGGGAUACCUUGUUCCAAACCUACCAAACUUUCCAAUCGACCCGUGCACGGGCAAGCGAGGAAUGAGAAUACCAUUGAGAGCAGAAAUAGCCAUUGGCAUCUUUUUGGCAACCUUGCUUGGAACGGGCAUCGUCUCUUUAGCAUAUACAGACUGGGGAACAUCUGUUGAGAACGGACUGACAAAGGUCGUGAAUGUCUUUUGAAUAGUCUUCAUCAAAUCCCCCGCAUUGACCCCCAAACAAUAAACGUUCGGUUCUUUCCCGUACGUUUAUCGGAUACCUGGGCGGUGGCGGAGAAACUAUCCGAAAGGAAGUCGUCUCAGUCAAGGCUAGCUAGCAGAAGGAAUGGUUUCUUUGGCUGGACAGCUCACAAAAUCUCCGCCAAUGCGAUCUCUUGUGACAUCAGUUUUUUGUCAACGAUGUGCAAGUUUUACAAUCUGAUAUUCAACACCAAGAGCUAUAACUGUAAAAAAAUUACUAACGCUAAAUCCAUCAACAUCGCUUUUUAAAAUGAGGCUUUUAGGCAUGUACAUGUACAACAACC